AUGCAAGCACUUUCAAUCACUUGCGAUCCAUUAGACACUUCAGGUUUGUUGCACCACAUGUUGCAGAAUGUUUCAAAAGAGACUGUACGUGCAUGUUCCAAGGAAAACCUAGAGUUUUUGGCCAGAAUUUUCAAAUUACAAUUCUCUUCAGAUGAUGAUGAUGAGGAUGUUGAGGCUUUGGUGGAUUCUUUUUUUGAGAGAGGUUACUGUAGAGAUGCAUCUAGCACUUUGGAGGACGGUUCAACAUCAACAACAAGCACGUUAACAUACACCCAAGAACUGGAAAAGGUUAUUGAGGCUCAACAAGAUAUCCUUGAAACAGAAGAUAUAAUUGCCUCUGUCAGUGGUUGCGAUUUACCCUGUAAACGAAGCCGAUGA